AUGUUUGGUGUGAGAUCUUUUGCAUUUACCGUAGUCCUCGUCGUGGCUUUGGUCGAAGCUCACGAAGGGAUCAUCAAUAACGCGUUCUUGGUCUUGGGAUUGGAUCAAGCGAAGCUCUCGCAAAUUCUGAAGGACUCUAAUCUCUUGGCCAAACUUGGGCUCAACCCUCCAUGCGAGGAGAAGGAGAAGAAGCAAGGAGGCGGUGGGGGAGCAGUUACGGUCCUUCCACACGUAAAUAGUACCCUCCCUUCUAAGGCUGAGGAGGAGGAUCUCAGCGCAAUCUUGAACGGAAAUUUCAAAUUCAACUUUGACCCCGAGAAGAACAAGAACGAGAAGUGCUUGAAAUACAUCAUCGGAGAGGAUGGACAAAGUAAGCGCCUUUUUAUGCAACAUAAACCGUAUGUAGCUUACAUAUAUCAUCUUAUUUAUUUUCAUUUUUCCAUUUCCAGAGAGCUGCCACGAUUUCUUGGCCAAAUACAAGCUGGAGAAGGCUGAAGAACUCCAAUUCAAAGACUUUUUCGAUUUCUCCUGGGCUUUCCAUGAGGAGGUCAGCAAGGCCAACAGCUUCGGUACGCUCAAGUCCGCACUUCAAGGCCGCAAUGAGACACAAACUUUGCACGGAGUGUUCGACAUUAUCUUUAACCUUUUCCAAUCCAAAGUCACAGAGAGAACCUCGAAACUGAACGAAAAGUCUGUUGACUUCUUCAAGCAGGUAAGUAAACCUUGUAAAAAAACAUAUAUAUGAUCUACUUGACUCCAAGCCGAUUGUUAAACCGAUUUUUAUUGGAAAACACAAAGAAGAUUAUGAUAUUGCUUCAGAUUGGCGGAGUCGGAGCUGAAUGGGCCAAGAAUGUUUGGGGCUUGUGGUUGAAGGCCUCCCCAGCCGUAAAGAGCAAUUUGGCCGGCCUUUGCAGCGUCACCACCAAUUUCGUUCAGCACAACUCAACCCAAAAGAUCUUUGCCUUCAGCUACAACUACACCUACACCGUCUCUGGUUAA